CUGUCAAGACGAACCUUGAAUAGAUUCGCAAUCAGUCUACUAUCAGUUUACUAUAGAAAAGCGGAUUUAACAUUGGGAAUAACGAAGAUGUGGUUAUUGUUAGGUAUCGGAGUUCUGAUCUUGAGUUUGGUGUGGGAUACCAGACGCAAACAAUGGAGAAUGAACGUCUUUGAGAAGUCCAAGAUUUCGGGACCAUUUUCGAUCCCAAUAGUGGGCAAUGGACUGCAGGCCUUGACUUUGAGGCCGGAAAAUUUUAUUCAGAGGUUUGGCGACUACUUCAAUAAAUAUGGCAAAACCUUCCGCCUGUGGAUUCUGGGCGAGUGCCUUAUUUACACAAAGGAUCUAAAGUACUUUGAAGGCAUUCUAAGUAGUAGCACACUGCUCAAAAAAGCUCAGCUCUACCGAUUUUUGAGAGAUUUUCUUGGCGAUGGACUUCUUUUAAGCACGGGAAACAAGUGGAGCUCUCGCAGAAAGGUUCUCGCCCCAGCAUUUCACUUCAAAUGCCUCGAAAACUUCGUUGAGAUAAUGGAUAGAAAUAGUGGGAUCAUGGUGGAGAAAUUAAGAAGAGUUGCUGAUGGAAAAACAUGCGUCGACCUUUUCAAGUUUGUUUCGCUGGAAGCCCUCGAUGUGACCACAGAGACCGCAAUGGGUGUUCGGGUGAAUGCUCAGAACGACUCGAAUUUCCCCUACACAAAAGCCCUUAAGAGUGUGGUUUAUAUCGAGUCCAAGCGCUUGGCAAGUGUCUCGAUGCGCUAUAACUGGCUUUUUCCACUGGCGGCCCCCCUUGUUUAUCGCCGAUUGCAAAAGGACAUUGCUAUAAUGCAGGACUUUACGGACAAGGUCAUUCGCGAACGACGAGAGAUUUUGGAGCGGACAAGAGCGGAUGGCACCUACAAACCGCUGAUAAUGGGAGACGAAGAAAUCGGCGGCAAAGCGAAGAUGACUUUGCUGGACAUCCUGCUGCAAGCCUCCAUCGACAACAAGCCCCUAAGUGAUGUGGAUAUCCGCGAGGAGGUGGACGUUUUCAUAUUCGCCGGGGAUGACACCACCACUAGUGGGGUGUCCCACGCCCUACAUGCGAUAUCCAGGCAUCCCGAAGUCCAGGAGUGCAUCUACGAGGAACUAGUUUCUGUUCUGGGACCGGAUCCCGACGCUUCGGUGACCCAAUCCAAGUUGCUGGAACUUCAGUAUCUCGACUGCGUGAUCAAGGAGACGAUGCGCUUGUAUCCACCAGUUCCUAUACUCGGAAGGUACAUUCCCGAGGACCUGAACAUUGGCGAUAAAACCAUUCCCGGCAACACAAGCAUUUUACUAAUGCCCUACUAUGUCUACCGAGAUCCGGAGUACUUUCCGGAUCCCCUGGUCUUCAAGCCGGAGCGAUGGAUGGAUAUGAAAAUGACCUCGCAAACACCUCUAGCAUAUAUUCCCUUUAGUGCUGGACCCAAGAACUGUAUAGGCCAGAAAUUUGCCAACCUCCAGAUGAAAGCGCUGAUCAGUAAGGUCAUUCGUCACUACGAACUGCUCCCGCUUGGCGAGGAUCUCAAAGCUACGUACACGUUCAUAUUGAGCUCCUCAUCGGGAAAUAAUGUUGGCCUUAAGCCGAGAACAAGAGUUAAAUGAUUAAGCGAUACAUAUGGUUAAUAUAAUCGCCUUCUCUUUUUUUUUUAAUUUAUUUUAUAUUAUACGGCAGGAACAAACCUAUUUUUACUGAAAAUCGAUACCAGUGGAAAAGUUGUCCUAAUUUAAUGGCCGGCUGUUUAGUUUCAUUAAACUAUUUGUGAUAAUGUACGUAAUUGUGAAGGUAUCUUUAAGCAUUUUACAUCAAAGAACUCCCGAUUUCUUGCUGUGCAUCCUGCGUAGUAUUUUCAAAUGGCUCUACCUUUUUUGGCAUUCCAUGACUCAUCUGCUGAAUCCACUUAACCCACUUCGAUGUUGAAGCCGCCACCCACAUGUGCGAAAUUUCCAUAAGCCAAUUGCAGAAACCUCAGCCCCAACGAUCCCAGAAAAGCUCCACAAGACAACCGACAACCAGUAACGACAGUUUUUUUGUCACAACUCCAGCAUUAAAACAU